AGACUGUACCCACCAUAUAUAUAUAAUAAACCAAUAAUACAGUCUUAAGUCAUCAGAUGCCGCUGCGCACUCAUUACGAGAGAGUUUCCAAUUUAUUAUAAAACUUUGAUUUCAUUAAACAAUAACUCUUCAGUGAUUUGUUAGACAAGAGACCACAGCUAUCUCUUCUGUGUUACCACGCCACAAAAAUGGAGAUUAACGGGUCGAGGGAAUGGAACUUCCGUGUGGAGGAAGAAGAGCAAGGCAACGCCGCCUCAGCCGUCACUGUCCGAGGAGUUCUCAAUUUGUUGUUCCAAAAUAUCAGAAAAGAUGAUAAUAACAAACCUGUGGAUGUGGUCAUCCCUCUUGGCCAUGGUGACCCUUCUAACUUCCCUUCCUUUCGCACUGCAGCCGCCGCCGAAGAUGCCGUCGUCCACGCCCUCCGUUCCGCCAAGUUUAACUCCUAUUCCUCCACCAAUGGUCUACCAUCGACUCGAAGGGCUAUUGCAGAGUAUCUAUCCGAUGAUCUUCCAAACAAGUUAACCCCGGAUGAUGUUUUUGUCACACUUGGCUGCAUACAAGCUAUAGAAAUGGUAAUAACAGCUCUUGCCCGUCCUGGUGCCAAUGUUCUGUUUCCGAGGCCAGGAUUUCCAUACUAUGAAGCCCGGGCUGCGUUUUGUAAGCUUGAAGUUCGUCACUAUAACCUUAUUCCCGAACAAGGUUGGGAGGUUGAUCUUGAACAUGUUGAAGCUCUUUCGGAUGAGAACACUGUUGGCAUGGUCAUGAUAAACCCUGGCAAUCCCUGUGGAAGCGUCUACACAGCCCAGCAUUUGGAGAAGAUUGCAGAGAUGGCAAAGAAGCUUAGAUUUGUUGUGGUUGCUGAUGAAGUUUAUGCGCAUAUUUGUUUUGGAAGUACUCCAUUUGUUCCCAUGGGAGUUUAUGCAUCCGUUGCACCUGUUCUAACGCUCGGUUCUAUAUCAAAGAGAUUAUGUGUGCCUGGUUGGCGUCUUGGUUGGAUAGUGACAAAUGAUCCUCAUGGCAUCCUUAAAAAAUCCGGGCUAACCAGGAAAAUGAUCAAUUGUCUCGAUGUCUCAGCUGAUCCUGUGACCUUCAUUCAGGGUGCAAUUCCUGAUAUGCUUCAGAAUACUACUAAGGAAUACUAUUCAAAAAUUGUUGCGAUAGUCAAAGAAACAGCAGAGACAUGUUACUCUAAAAUAAAAGAUAAUCCUGUCAUUGAUUGUCCACACAAGCCAGAAGGUUCGAUGUUUGUGAUGGUAAAGCUAAAUGUUUCUUUGUUGGAUGACAUAAAUGAUGAUUUGGAGUUCUGUAUCAAGCUUGUCCAAGAAGAAUCAGUCAUAGUUAUGCCUGGGGUAGCAUUGGGGAUGAAGAAUUGGCUGCGAAUCACUUUUGCCAUCGAACCUUCACUUCUUGAAGAUGGUCUUCAAAGGAUAGAAGCCUUUUGCCAAAGGCAUGCAAAGAAGCAAUAAGAGUUUAUUGAAUGCUUCUUGAAAAUGCUGGUGGGCUGGGAGGCUAACAGUUUAUGUUAACCAGAAAGUUAUCAGCUUAAGUAAUAAAAUAAAAUCGUAGUCCCGCUCUCUUUGAAUAAAAGAAGGAUUGUUUGAGAUGAUCAAUGUUUUGUUGAUUCUCAUUCAUGUGUGUUGUAAUCUAGGAUCUCCAACUUCUUGUUGGAUAUCAAUAUGUUCGUAUUAUGUAGUAGCAGAUUUACAACUUUGUGUUGGAUCUCAUGCUCUUGGGAUUAUUGGAGCUCUACAACUCUGUGCAAGUGACAAUUCUUAAGCUCGAUGGAGCCAUGUUACUUUUUAGAUGAUCCAAUAUUUUUGAGAUCAUUACCUUUCAAUGAUCUCAUGCUACCUGUUGUUUGUAACAAUUCCUUAAAUCUUAAUAAAGUUCUAGUGUUACAUGAAA